CGGCGACUGCCCCGGGACGCGGCGGGGACCGCGCGGGGACCUGCGCGGCGUUCCAGGCUCCCGGCCGUUCGGGCCCACAUGGGACAGGAAGCCAGAAAUGGAUCUUAUGAGACUUGCCCGGCUCUUCCCUGGCUCUCGUCCUGUGGCACUGCCCAUCCUCCAGUACCUCGGCCCUCGUGGUGGAGUCUGGUGGGCAGGAGGCAAGGAGGAGUUGGCAUGGUGGAGGAUCCUGCAGCCAGCACGGCCAGUGUCAGCAGCCUUCAGCAGCUCCCUGUUCUGGGUGGCCCUGGGACAGGGGAGCCAGAGGAACAUGAGCAGCCAACAUGGUGUCCCCAGCCAGCCCACACCCCCAACCCCUCAGGAAGAAGAGGAUGAAGGAAGCUUUGGAACUCUCUCUAACAAAUACUCCUCCCGGAGAAUAUUCCAAAAGUCCACAGCUGAGUUGUAUAACUUGCGGCUCAGAGAACAGAGAGUGGAGGAAGAUGAGGAAGGGGAGACAGAGCACAAAGCAUGGCAGGGCCGGAGGAACACCCCGUAUUGGUACUUCCUCCAGUGCAAACGCCUGAUCAAGGAAGGGAAGCUUGCCAAGGCUCUGGACCUGUUUGAGAGGCAGAUGCUGAAGGAGGAGAGACUGCAGCCGCUAGAGUACAACUACACAGUGCUGAUUGGUGGCUGUGGACGUGUUGGCUACUUGAAGAAGGCCUUCAGGCUCUACAAUGAUAUGAAGAAGAGGCAGCUGGAGCCUUCGGAUGCCACUUACACGGCCUUGUUCAAUGUCUGUGCGGAGUCCCCAUGGAAGGACUCAGCCCUGCAGAGUGCCCUGAAGCUCCGACAGCAGCUGCAGGCCAGAAACUUCCAGCUCAACCUUAAAACCUACCAUGCCCUGCUGAAGGUAGCUGCCAGGUGUGCGGACCUCAGACUGUGCCUCGAUGUAUUCAAGGAAAUUGUCCACAAGGGCCACGUGGUCACCGAGGAGACCUUCAGUUUCCUGCUCAUGGGCUGCAUCCAGGACAAGAGGACAGGCUUCCGACACGCCCUGCAGGUGUGGAGGCAGAUGCUGAGUCUGGGGCUCAAGCCAAACCGGUAUGGCUACAACUUACUCUUGGGGGCAGCUCGAGACUGCGGCCUGGGGGACCCCGAGGUGGCCUCCAGGCUGCUUCUGAGGCCCCAGGAAGACACGGCUCUGCUUCAGCCACCAGGAGGCCGGCGGCGGAGAGGAAGGAAGGGCCCAUCCAAAUUAGAUGAUGGUAUGGCAGCCCGACUCCACGUUGAGGCCCUGGAAAAGCAGCUGUUUCUGGAAGCUUCUCAGGCACUAGAGGGGUCUCUAGAGCCUUGGGAUGCCAGGAUACCUAGCAGAGCCCAGCCUGAGAUGGAUAUGGAGGCACAGGCUGACCACCCAGCAGUCCUUGCCCCACUGGCCCUGAGGCCUCCUCCCUUGGAGCUAGAGGUCAACCUCCUGAGUCUCAGGACUGUCUCCCCAACCGUGCUCUCCUUUGGGACCGUGGCCACCCCUGCUGACAGGCUGGCCUUAAUGGGAGGCCUAGAAGGCUUCCUGGGCAAGAUGGCAGAGCAUGGGCUCCAGCCAGACAUCAAAACCUUCACACUGCUGGCAGAGGUGGUGGAGCCCGGGAGCCCUGCGGAGGCCUCGCUGCUGACCGCAAUGGACACACACUGUGUGGAGGCCGAUGUGACAUUCUUCAACACACUGAUGAGGAAGAAGAGCAAGUGUGGAGAUCUGGAGGGGGCUAAGGCUCUGCUGCCAGUCCUGGCAAAGCGAGGAAUUGUCCCUGAUCUGCGGACAUUCUGCAACCUGGCCAUCGGGUGCCGCCAGCGCAAGGAUGGUCUGCAGCUGCUCGCAGACAUAAAGAAAUCCCAAGUGACGCCCAACACGCACAUCUACAGCACCCUCAUCAAUGCAGCCAUCAAGAAGCUGGACUACACCUACCUCAUUGAGAUUCUGAAGGACAUGCGGCACAGCAGUGUCCCCGUGAAUGAAGUGGUCAUCCGCCAGCUGGAGUUCGCAGCCCAGUACCCCCCCACCUUUGACCAAUACAAAGAAAAGAACACCUACUUGGAGAAGAUCAAUGGCUUCAGAGCUUACUAUAAGCAUUGGUUGAAAGUGAUGCCAGCAGAAGAGGCCCCCCACCCCUGGCAGGAGUUCCGAACCAAUCCCCAGAGGGACCAAGACACAAGCUAGGACACUGGUGUGGACAGAGGUGAUGAGAGGCACUCUCACUGUCCAGUGGAGCCCCAGGAGUCCCCUCCACCAAAGUCAAGUGAGGCACUGUGCUGGUGUGAGGACACGUCUGGGGCCUACAGUGUCCACAUGACAGCAGGGAAGGAGCAGGUCUAGCCAACCCUGCUCAGGUCAGCCAGGCCUGCCUGGUUGUCAUCCUCACUGAGGAAGCACACUUACUCAAGGUCGCCUAGCACCUAGCAAGGGGGGGCAGGACACACGUCUAUCAGCCUCCACAAAGAACCAACCCAGGUCUAAGAGAU